AAGUUCCACCUUCGUCCAACCCCACCAAAGUUCCAUCUUCCUCAAAAACAGGCAGAAAAAUCUGAAAAUUUCCUCUGCUGCAAGAAAAAAUGGCAAUGAGAGCAAUUCUUGUUCAGCAAUCAUCACCCAUCACUCUAUCCUUCAACAAGACCAAAGCUCCAUCUUUUCCUCAUAAACCCAUUAUAGUCAUCAAGGCUUCUUCGACUUCUCUAGACUAUCCUCCUUCUUCCUCAGCCUCCCCAAAACUAUCCACAUCAACCAGCAGCUGGCAGUGGAAAUUCAGGGACAAUUCAGUGAAUAUCCACUUUGAGGAGCAUAAGAGAAAUGAGAGCAAAAAUCAGCAGCAGCCCACCAAGGAAAUUCUGAUGAUUCCCACUAUUUCUGAUGUUAGUACAGUGGAGGAAUGGAGAGAAGUGGCAAAAGACAUUGUUGGACGGGAUGGGACAGUUAAUUACAGAGCUACUAUCGUGGAUUGGCCUGGUCUGGGAUAUUCUGAUAGGCCUAAGCUUGAUUAUAAUGCUGAUGUGAUGGAGAAGUUCUUUGUUGACUUAGUCAACUCGCCUGAUGGCCCUCUUAGCAGCAGCAAUUCAGAUCAAGAUUUGGUGGUUUUCGGUGGAGGACAUGCUGCUACAAUUGCGGUUCGUGCCACAACAAAGGGUUUGGUGAAGCCAACUGCCAUUGCUGCAGUUACACCUACCUGGGCUGGUCCGCUUCCUAUUGUUUUUGGGAGAGACUCUAAUAUGGAAACAAGAUAUGGUUUCCUUAGAGGAACGCUAAGAGCCCCCGCUGUUGGUUGGAUGAUGUACAAUGUGCUUGUCAGCAAUGAAAAAGCAAUAGAGUCGCAAUAUAAAUCCCAUGUUUAUGCAAACCCUGAGAAUGUGACACCUAAUAUUGUUGAGAGUAGAUAUGCACUUACAAAGAUGAAUGGUGCUCGGUAUGUCCCUGCUGCUUUCUUGACUGGUUUACUUGACCCGGUAAAGUCCCGUGAAGAGUUUGUUGAACUCUUUGCAAAACUGGAAGGAGAAGUUCCUGUUCUAGUAGUGUCAACUACUGGUUCUCCCAAGAGGUCAAAAGCAGAGAUCGAAGCACUCAGGAAUGCCAAAGGCGUGACCAAGUUUGUUGAGUUGCCAGGUGCCCUCCUUCCACAAGAAGAGUAUCCCAGCCUGGUUGCUGAAGAGCUCUACAGAUUUUUGCAGGAGAUUUUCAACUGAAGGCUUAAAAGUGAUACACAGAACCUUUUCUAGUCAUCACAGCUGAAAUAUCUGCUUCACUACUAAAUAAGAAAUUCAUGAACAAUCUUGUUUCUAGACAUGAGGUGUCACUGGUUUUAUAAUGGCAAAGAAUGUAGAAUAGCAUACUUCCUCUUUCUGUUGUCUAUCCUAAGUUAGUAAAAGUGGCUGCUUCGGUUCUUAGAAUAUGUCACCAUAUUAAAUUUUGUGUGUGUUUGUGUGUGUGUCAGCAGUUAGAUUCGAGAUUGUACUCUGCACUGUAACUCAAUGUGCUUUUGAAGCAGGCAGCUGAUAUACAAAUUGUAUUUGCAAUAACACUUCAAAUAAAGGCAGCCCAUGGUUAUUUUCGUUUUGAUUGGCAA